UAACGCAGACCAGGAAGAACCAAGGAUGUGACGCUAAUUCUUACAUGGUACAUAGUGGUUGUAUUUUACAUGAACAUAGCUGGGAUUUUGGCUAUAAUUCUAACCGUAUAUUCGAAACAAAAACGAAGUGACUGCCGUUGAGAGGGCGGUAAGAGAGGCAGGAUGAGUGGGGCUGCGCUGGGCAUUGAGAUAGUGGUGGUGUUCUUCCUGGCUCUGUUCCUGCUGCAUCGCUAUGCAGACUUCCGUAAGCAGCAGAGGAUGGUGCUGUUUGGCACCUUGCUGGCCUGGUACCUGUGUUUCCUCAUCGUCUUCAUUCUUCCUCUGGACAUCAGCACGACAAUCUACAAGCAGUGUAAGAUUGAUCAUGAGGAACAUCCCGCCGUACUCCCUGUGAUCCCACUGCUAUCCAAUCAAACAGCAGGAAACUCAACUAUGGCCACUGCCACUAAAAGUGUUCUAAAGGUGUGUUACAAGCCAUGGAGCUACAUUCCAGAUGGAAUCAUGCCUGUGUUCUGGAGAGUUGUUUACUGGACCUCUCAGUGUCUCACCUGGUUGCUGCUGCCCUUCAUGCAGUCCUAUGCACGCUCAGGGGGCUUUUCCAUCACUGGGAAAAUAAAGACUGCACUGAUAGAGAAUGCCAUUUAUUACGGAACGUACCUGCUCAUCUUCGGCUCACUGCUUAUCUACGUGGCCGUUCAUCCUCAGUGGCACCUCUCCUGGUAUGAGCUGCAGACAAUAGGCAUCACUGCAGCCAACACCUGGGGUCUGUUCCUGCUGGUGCUGUUGCUGGGUUACGGCCUGGUGGAGAUUCCGCGCUCCUAUUGGAACGCCUCGCGGCGGGGACACCUGCUCAUCAAGACCUACUUCAAGGCAGCCAAGCUGAUGACGGAGAAGGCUGAUGCACAGGAGAACCUAGAGGAUGUCAUGGAGGAAAUGCGAAAGGUCCAAGAAUCCAUCAAGUACAACCACCCACUGAGGAAGUACAUCGAUACUGUUCUUAGAAAGUGCCCUGUGGACUACCAGGAGAAGAUGGGCAGAAACAUGGAUGAUUAUGAGGACUUUGAUGACAAACAGAACACCUAUCCCAGUGAGAAGAGCCUGGUGAAGCUUCACAAACAAGUAAUUUACGCAGUGCAGAGACACAACCGGACCCGUGUCCAGUGGCUCAUCCUCCUGCAGCAGGCCAUGCACCUGGAGGACGUGGCGAAGAAUGAGACCAGCUCAGCCCACCAGUUUGUCCACAGCUUCCCCUCCACAGAACCAACUAGCUGGCUCAGCCGAUACUUUUACACUCCUACCGUAGAGUGGUACUGGGAGUGCCUGCUGAAACAUUGGUUCUACCGGCUGCUGGCUGUGGUGUUGUCUCUGUUUUCUGUGGCCGUGGUGUGGUCUGAGUGCACCUUCUUCAGCACCCAACCCGUCCUCUCCCUCUUCGCUGUCUUCAUCCAGCUCGCUGAGAGAGACUACAACUACUUGUACAUUGAGAUGGCGUGCUUCAUCACCAUCUUCUUCCUGUGCACCUGUGUUUACUCCACUGUGUUCCGGAUCAGAGUGUUCAACUACUACUACCUGGCCUCACACCACCAGACUGAUGCCUACAGCUUGCAGUUCAGUGGCAUGCUGUUCUGCCGUCUGACCCCUCCUCUGUGUCUGAACUUCCUGGGUCUGAUCCACAUGGACUCUGCUAUCUCCCACCAACAGAAGGAGCAGACGGCCUACACCUCUAUCAUGGGUUCUAUGAGGGUCCUAUCGUUCAUAGCUAAUGGCUUCUACAUCUAUUACCCCAUGCUCAUAUUGCUGCUCUGCAUCGCUACCUACUUCAGCCUGGGCACCCGCUGUCUGAACCUCCUGGGCUUUCAGCAGUUUGUGGGAGACAAUGAAAUGACCUCUGACCUGAUCGAUGAGGGCAAGGAGCUCAUUCGGCGAGAGAAAAGAAAGCUCCAAAGGAUUGAGGAUGGAGAGAACCGACGAAGGGAGUGGAAAGAGCGCUAUGGUAACACCCGGGAAGACACCGCCAGGAACAGGAUUAGAAAUGAAGCAGCAGAAAUGACAGAGACCAACUACUCCGAUACUGUCCCUAACACUAGACAGGCCAAGUACUCUCGGACUGGCAGAGGAACAGAGAGAGACUCUAUAGAACUUCUCCAGGACGCAGAGCCUUUGGACUUCAAUGCAGAGACCCUUUCAGACGACCCUCUUGAAGCAGGUUCCACCAGACAUGUACCAGGCAGGUACCUGUCCAUGUCCUCGUCACGGAGCAGAAUCUUUGAUGACGUUUGAGAGAAGUAGAGAGGGGAAGUCGAAGGAACAGGAAAGCUAGAAACACACAUUAAUUUUCAUCCUCCACUUUUCAGGGAAGACCAUACGAAGGAGAGACGCUCUCUCAACCUCUGAAUGUAGCACAUGACCUCUCUCACACUACACUGUUGGCCUGAUGUAUCUGCUACCCUUCGUUUCCAAUAGCUUGUCGCCUGUCGGAACACUCCAGUGGCUGUUAAUAUACACUUCCCCAUUAGGCAGAUAGCUGUCCUCCCAGUGCCAGCCAGUGUGCAUCAUGUCAUGAAUGCAUGAACCUGUACCCUAUUUGGGCUUAUCAUUGUUCAUCCGUUUUGUUAUUUCAUUUGUUACUUAUGUGCAUGAAUUUCUAUUAAAGGUCCUCUGUUCAUUUGA